CAAUUCUCCUAUAAAACCCUAAAUUCGAUUUCCCAAUCAAUUAGAUUUUCAUUCAUGAUGGAAGCUCUCAUUCUUUUUUUUUCAUCAAUUCCCAAUCUCCUUUCUUUCUUCAUCUUUUUCCUCAUCAUUUACCUCAUUGCAUACUUCCUCAUCUUCCCUUCAUGGAAACCUAAACUCCGUCCAGAAGCUUCCAGUUGCAUCAUCUCCUUCUUCCACGGCACACCCGCCGUAUUCCUCGCAAUCACUUCCCUACUCGCCGACCCCGCGCGUGACUUCCACUCUCCCAACACCCCUUUCCAAAACCUCGUCCUCGACUACAGCAUCGCUUAUUUCUUAAUGGACUUGACCCACUACCUCAUUUUCUACCCUAGUGAUGUUCUCUUCAUAGGACACCACGUGGCAACGUUAUUCGUGUUCGUCACGUGCCGGUACAUGGUGUACCAUGGCGCGUACGCGAUUCUUGUGCUUUUGAUUCUUGCUGAGGUUACUAGCUUUGUGCAGAACACGUGGACGCUUGCGAAUGCGAGGAAAGCUGACGUGGAGUUUGCUGCGAGAGUUUAUGGUUUGCUUUCACCUCCGUUUUAUGUUUUUUAUUCGUUGGUGAGAGGUAUUGCUGGACCCUAUUUUGUGUACAAGAUGAUUUCGUGUUAUAUUAGUGGGGCUGCUGAUAAUGUCAUACCUAGAUGGCUUUGGGUUUCUUGGGUUUUUGUUGUUGUUACUGCUAUUUCUGUUAGUAUAUUGUGGGUUUCUAAUAAUUGGGUUGAAUUGUAUAGAGAAAGGAGUAGGAAAUUUGAGAGGAAAGUUAGGUGAGUUAAAGAAUAUUGUGGUUUACAGAUUACUUGUAUUGUUUGAUUGGAUGAUAUAUUGAAAAAGAUUCAAUCUUUCAUUGUC